GGCGAGCUUCCGUCAAUACUUGUUCUCUUUCCUGGUUCUGGGAGUCCCGGGAGCCAGGGAGGGAAGAGUUGCUUGCAGGGACUGGGGUAAAUACCCGGGGGGGAAGGCGGGACUUCCGUGUCCGGCCGGAAGUGACGCGACAGUCACGGCCGCCGACAGGUGGAACGGCAGGUGGGUACAGGUGCCAGCCUGGCUGGGACGCGGCUGUGGACCGACGCUUCCGCUCCCUAUUCCCCUGCGGAACUGGGCAGUUAGCCAGCCCACUUCAACUCUCCGAACCAUGUUUGCAGAUUUGGAUUAUGAUAUCGAAGAGGAUAAACUUGGAAUCCCUACCGUGCCCGGGAAGGUGACCCUGCAGAAGGAUGCUCAGAACCUGAUUGGGAUCAGUAUUGGAGGAGGGGCCCAGUACUGUCCCUGCCUCUACAUUGUCCAGGUAUUUGACAACACCCCGGCAGCCCUGGACGGCACUGUGGCAGCUGGCGAUGAGAUCACUGGUGUCAAUGGCAGGUCAAUCAAAGGAAAAACUAAGGUGGAGGUAGCGAAGAUGAUUCAGGAAGUGAAGGGGGAGGUGACUAUCCACUACAACAAGCUGCAGGCGGACCCCAAGCAGGGCAUGUCCCUGGACAUUGUCUUAAAGAAGGUAAAGCAUCGGUUGGUGGAGAACAUGAGUUCGGGGACCGCCGAUGCGCUGGGCCUGAGCCGGGCCAUCCUGUGCAAUGACGGGCUUGUCAAGAGGCUCGAGGAGCUGGAGCGGACCGCCGAGCUCUACAAAGGGAUGACAGAACACACCAAGAACCUCCUACGGGCCUUUUAUGAGCUGUCACAGACACACCGGGCCUUUGGGGACGUGUUCUCCGUGAUUGGGGUGCGGGAGCCCCAGCCGGCUGCAAGCGAGGCUUUUGUGAAGUUUGCCGACGCACACCGCAGCAUCGAGAAGUUCGGCAUCCGGCUGCUGAAAACCAUCAAGCCGAUGCUGACGGAUCUGAACACGUACCUCAACAAAGCCAUCCCAGACACUCGUCUCACCAUCAAGAAGUACCUGGACGUGAAGUUUGAGUACCUUUCGUACUGCCUGAAGGUGAAGGAGAUGGACGACGAGGAGUACAGCUGCAUUGCCCUCGGGGAGCCCCUGUACCGCGUGAGCACAGGCAACUACGAGUAUCGCCUGAUCCUGCGCUGCCGUCAGGAGGCCCGUGCCCGCUUCUCCCAGAUGCGCAAGGAUGUGCUAGAGAAGAUGGAGCUGCUGGAUCAGAAGCAUGUCCAGGACAUCGUGUUCCAGCUGCAGCGCUUCGUGUCCACCAUGUCCAAGUACUACAACGACUGCUACGCGGUGCUGCGUGAUGCUGAUGUCUUCCCUAUCGAGGUGGACCUGGCCCACACCACGCUGGCCUACGGCCUCAGCCAGGACGAGUUCACUGAUGGGGAGGAUGAGGAAGAGGAAGAGGAUGAGGACACGGCAGCCGGGGAGACAUCCCGGGAUGCGCGAGGGGCUGCUGGGCCCCUGGACAAGGGCGGCAGCUGGUGUGACUCCUGAGUGCGUCCCGGGGUGCAGCUUCGGGGGUAGGGGGAGGGGGAGGAUGACAGCAUGGGAGCGGGGCGCAUAAAGGCCUGCUGGCUUGGGCCGCCUGCCUCCCUUCUCCUCUGUCCCGGCACAGUGAACCGGGCUCCCGCCCAGGAAAGGCCCCGGCCGUGACCUGCACCUGGACACUGGCCCCCCACCUUCCUUCCCCACCUCCCCAGCCAGAAGGUAGCUCGGUCUCCACUGCCCUGGGGAGGAGAGAGGGCAGAAAGGAGGAGGGGUUGGAGGUGGCAGGAAGCCCAGGAUCCGUUCCUUGUGGGCACCUCCGCUGGCCCCACCUGGAACCCGCGGGGAGUGGGGGGCUGGGGGUGGCAGCCGAGGCUGGGCCAGUGUCUCAUGUACACCCUCACCUCACCCCAGGUCGGCCCCACCCCAGGCCACGCUCACACCUCGCGGCCUUUAUUUAUUUUAUUCCCUUUGCUCAGCCCCUUUCCUGGGGAAGGGCGGGGCCUGUAUUAAAUAAACCAACCCCGAUGGAGC